CUUGCCAUAGUUGUGUGUGUUUUGGAGCCCCUCGGGAGGAAGAGCCGCGGAGCACGCGGAACGCGCUGCGGGGGGGAGAGCGAGGCGGACCGAGUGCAGAGAGAGAGGCGGACGCAGAGGGGAGUGAAUGGGCACGACUGCGCCCUCCGCCUCACCGAUAUCCAUCCGUUCUCUAUCGACACAGUUAGACCACCGCGGUCCUUCAGGCAGGCCAGCCCGGAGAACCGGAGCCAGCGGCAGCCAGCGGGAUGGCACGCGCAUGAAGCAGCGGCGGGCGAAGAAACAAGGAAGCGGACGGCUAGCUGCGCUCAGCACGGGCUAACGUGGGCUGAUUGUUGGCGGAUACCGAUUCUAAUGAGCGACCCAGGAGCAUGCGAGCUGAUUCAGAGAGCUGACUUGUUCGGUGAUGUCGGGCAGUAAGUCGCUGGGCGGGGGGGCCGGCGGGGGGGCGAGGCGCAGGCGGACGCGGUGUCGGCGCUGCCAGGCCUGCAUGAGGACGGAGUGCGGCGAGUGUCACUUCUGCAAGGACAUGAAGAAGUUCGGUGGGCCCGGCCGCAUGAAGCAGUCCUGCCUCCUGAGACAGUGCACAGCGCCGGUGUUGCCUCACACAGCUGUGUGCUUUGCGUGUGGAGAGGCGGGGAAGGAGGACACGGUGGACUCAGAGGAUGAGAAGUUCAGCCUCUCGCUGAUGGAGUGCACCAUCUGCAACGAGAUCAUCCACCCCAGCUGCCUCAAGAUGGGCAAAGCUGAAGGAAUCAUCAACGACGAGAUCCCGAACUGCUGGGAGUGUCCGAAGUGCCACAAGGAGGGCAAAACCAGUAAGGACCAGGCGGAUGGCUCAGGCAAACGCAGGCUGGAUAACGGUGAGGUGGGCCGGUGGAAGCUCACCGAUGACCCACCUCCUAAAAAGAAAGCCCCACCCACCUCGGAGGAGGGCGGGCACAAGAGGAAGAAGGAGAAAGAGCUGCCUGCGGACAGCGGGCCCAAGAAGAAGAUGAAAGGAGGCCACGAAAAACGGCUGAAAAAGAAACCCAAACAGGAGGCAGCAGAGUCCAAUGGCCCCUCCUCCUCUGGGGGCGGAGUCUCGGGGGCGCAGGGCUCCUCCACGUCAUCUUCCUCACAGCCCGGAGGAGGCGGCGGUGUGGGCGGGACGUCAAGCGCUGACCAGCGUUCCCAUCACAGAGAGAAACUGGAGCGAUUCAAGAGGAUGUGCAUGCUGGAGCGCCGGCCCUCCUCCUCCUCCUCCUCGUCCUCCAGCUCAGAGUCUGACUCGGAGUCUGACUCCGACGACUCCUUGAGGGGGGAGCAGGGGGGAGGGUCUUCCCCGUCAUCGUCCUCGCCAGCCCCACCCCCUCCCGUCGUCUACAGCAGCGGCAGUCGGGCGGAGCGGGAGAGAAGGGAGAGGGAGCGGCGUCUGGCCGAGCUCGGCUUCAGUGCCAGCGAGGAGUCGGAGGGGGAGGGAGGGAGGGGCGAGGAGGACGAGCGGGAGGACGAGCAGGCAGGGGGAGACAAGUCCCGUCGGAGAGGGGAGGCGGGGCUGCCUCAGAGGGGACGCAAAGGCGGGCUGAUGGACGGAGAGGAUGAGGACACGCCCACUUUGGACAGGACCAGGAAAAACUCCGCCUCCCUGCCCCCGCCCUCGCCGCUGUCUUCCAGUCAGAUGGCUCUGUCCUUGCAGCACGACAGCUUCACGGGGAAACAGCGCAGCAACGGGCAGGAGGCGCGCAACGGACGGACACGUGGAGGCACGGGGGGAGGAGGGGGCGGGGAGAAGGAGAACACCAGCGGAGCUCUGACCAAUCACAGACACGGCGGGGGCGGAGCGGGUGGGACCAAAGGUAGCGGCAGCCGUGGCAACAAGAUUCGAAACAACAAGAACCAGACGUCUAGAAACAGCACCACCUCCUCAAUCCCCACCUCAAACGGCGGGGGGGGCGGGGCCAGCGGACUCAUGAUGUCAGCCAUGGCAGCGUCCCCUUGCUCGCAGCCGUCUCGCCUCGGCCCUCGCUCUCAGAUGAUGAAGCGCAGCCCGCCGGCCGUGCCCUCGCCUCCCCGCCCUGUGCAGAUGGAGAGGCACCUGGUGCGUCCCCCGCCGGCGUGCCCCGAGCCCAGCUGCCUGCCGCUGGACUCUGGCACCGCCCACAUCAUGACACGGGAUGUGUGGCUGCGAGUCUUCACCUUCCUGAGUCACAGAGAGCUCUGCGUCUGCAUGAGGGUCUGCCGCACCUGGAGCCGCUGGUGCUGCGAUAAGAGGCUGUGGACUCAGAUCGACCUGAGCCGGCAGCGCUCCAUCACCCCCCCCAUGCUGAGCGGCAUCAUCCGCCGGCAGCCCGUCUCCCUCAACCUGGGCUACACCAACAUCUCCAAGAAACAGCUGAUGUGGCUCAUCAACCGCCUGCAAGGUCUGCUGGAGCUGAAUGUGUCGGGCUGCCCGUGGGCGGCGGUCUCCGCUCUGUGUCAGGCCGUGUGCCCCUGCCUGAAGCUGCUGGACCUCAGCAGAGUUGAGGACCUCAAAGACUCUCACCUGAGAGAGCUGCUGGCGCCCCCACCUGAUACCAGGACAGCCCACGGGGAAACCAGAGCGGGGCGUUUCCACAAUGUGACGGAGCUGCGUUUGGCGGGUCUGGACCUGACGGACGUGUCGUCCCGCCUGCUGGUGCGUUACGUUCCUCACCUGGCCAAGUUGGACCUGAGUCACUGCGGGAACAUCACCGACCAGACGGUGCACACGCUCACCUCCCACAUCUCCCCCCUGAGAGAGAGCCUCACCCACAUCAACCUGGCAGGUUGUGUUAAGGUGACGGAGCAGUCCAUCCCGCUGCUGCGCCGCUGCACCUCCCUGCAGACGGUCGACCUGCGCUCCUGCUCGCUCCUCUCCUCUGAGACCGGACAGCUGCUCUCCUUCCCCUCCCACGCCGCCACCUCCUCCUCAUCUUCUUCCUCUGCUACCACCACCACCAGUGUCGCCGCUACAUCCUCCUCCACGCCUGCCACCUCCUCCUCCUGUCCUCCUGAAGACAGAACGCUGCUAAAGAACAGCUAAAGUUCGCCUUCAUGUCAUGUGACACUCGAGUCCAGGUGGCCUGCGAGCCCAGCCUCGCUCCUCAUUACACUACAGACAGGUGAGGAGGAGGAGGAGGAGUUGUGCAGCACUGCUCCUGACACUGGAAGAGGAGGAGGGACGUAUUUUGGGAAAAAGUUGUUGGUUAUAGUUAAAAAUAGAAACCCUGAGCAUGUAUAUAUUUGUUCUCUGUAUAAUUUGGGUGUGUGUAUAUAUCUGUAGGGUUACUGUAAAUGACCCCUGACCUUUGAACCAUCAUCCCACACCUCCUUAAACUCCCCGAUCUCCUUCCUUUCUGUCCUUCCACCCUGCGACCGAUCAGCCGGUCAGCUGCUCGUCAAGCGAACACGCUGCGCUCCGUCUGUGCAGGUCAAGCUUUCCCUCUGCUUCCUGUCUCACAGCAUCAUCCGCCUUUAUUUUCGUGUUUCUCACCUGAAGCGUCACCGACCUCACACUACACUUUUCAUGUCCUCCUCUGCACAGACCACAAAUCCAUCGACCGUCAAAGUUCAUUCAGACUGACCUUUACUGAACUUGGUUUAUUUAACGUGACGAACUCUUCACAUUUCAGACGCUCGAGCUGCCAAGUGACUCAAAUUCAGGCAGAAACUUCCAUCAAUCGACUGUUUCUGGCACCUCUUGUGGUUUCUCUCUCCAAAAGUUUGCCGUGAUUUGAGUAAAGACUUAAACAUGGUCACAGCAGGUCAUCGCUGAUUUAGUUUCGUUUUUUCUAUUUGACCUCUAACCUCACCGAUGACUCCUCUGUAAAUACAAACAGCUGAGUGCGUAUGAAUCGAUUAAUUGCCUAAAAGAUCAGAAAGAGUUUGUCACUGGAAAAACUUUGGUUUGGUUUGGUCCAACACACUGUCCACGACUCAGGCGUUGGCUGUAGCGUCACCGUGACCAACCGACACUGGGAAGGAACCAGAGGGAAAAUGGCGAGGGAUGGAUUCCUGCUGACGGGUCGCUUGUAUUGGGUUGUUCACGUAGGCGAACCUCGAGUGUCGUUUUCGUAACACUGAUUUCUGCUGCUGCUCUGCAGCUUCCUUCAGGCAGCACAGACACAUUUUCUAUUGUGGAGCCCAUUUCUUUUAACGAGACCAUGAUGAAUGUACUACAAACACCACGAUGGAGCAGAAGUCCGUGUUCUCUGGGCUCAGUUUAACCUACAGUCAGUCUGAGCAGGCUGUGGAAGCGUGUUCAUAAAACACAAGAGUCCCAUCACCGGGCGAAACAGUGCCAACUUCCUGUUACGCCCCGGCAGGCCCUCCAAGUUCCUAAACCGUGACGAAAUCUUCUGCAGUCAAAACGGAGGCGUAGCUUCCCUCGGUGCGCAGGCAACCUCCGUCAGCUGACGACAUAAGGACAGCCGUGUCUUAGCUGCUUUAAAUGUACCGAUGCGUCCACGAGGAGCCGUCCUACAGCUCCUAAUAUUUCAUGUUCGCUCCAAGACCUCGUCCUCGGUCGCCCCGGAAACAACAGCUGUGGAAGAACAUGGUGGAAAUCAGUUUCGAAGGUGAAGCGGGGAUCAGUGCUGAUUUAAAAACCUUUCUGUAGCUCCGCCCGCUCGAUCAGUUGCACGCCGCUGGGACUGGUGGGAGGCGGGGCCAGACUAGCGGUCUCCCCAUGCUUCCUGUGCCCAUGCCGAGCUAGGCUGCAAACUGAACAUGUGGUACUAUCAAAGGAUUGCAGUCUGUUUCCUGUAUCGCAGGUGACCUUUGGCCAUGUGUGGGUUGUGUUCAGGUGUUCCUCCUCCCUCUGAGCGUGGGCGUGAUCAGACUGAUCACGCUUUUUGAAACUGAGCCUCAAUCAUCCCUGUUUGAUUUUAUACAUGUGUCCAUCACCUUCGAUCAGCUUCCUCUGAUCAAUCAUCAGUUUUCUCAGGAGUAUUUGUUGUCUUUGAUUUUCUGUUUUCUAUUUAUUUUGUGCCACAGCAGCGCUUCCAUCCACUCCGAUUGGAGACAUUCCUGUUUUCUGGCUGCUCACACUCCAUUUGAUCAGCUUCCUGUCGUUGCAUCGUUCAGAUUACUUUGAGAAAUAUGAAUCUGUUUGCUGAAGAAACCUAUUUCUGCCAGGAAAAGAAAAACAUGGAUGAACAGUCCAAAAUCGAGUUUGCAGAAGCACGUCUGGACUUGUUUUAUAAAUCCUGUGUGUGUGUGUGUGUGUGUGUGUGUGUGUGUGUGUGUGUGUGUGUGUGUGUAUAAUCUUGCUUUUGUUUUAAUAAUCUUAAUUUAGCAUAGACUUAUUUUAUCAUAUCCCUAGUUUUUCUUAUGAUUUGCCAUCAGUUGAUCUUGUUUCUUGUCGUGUUCUUGACUCGUCUCAGGUUAUUUCUUAAUUUUAGUCACUCUGUAGUUGCGACCGAGAAAAUCAAGAUGAUGACUUUGGGUCUUUAGUUGUUUCAUUCAUGAAGCGUUUGUUUUCUUGGCUUAAAUGGGCUUCGGUCGUUUCUUGUGGGCGUCAGUUAUGAAAAAGCAUCCAGUUGUAUUUGAGCAAAGUUUUGUUUUGUUUUUUUUCAUGUUUCCAUGGAUAAAAGCAGGGAAUUUCAAUUAUAAAGUCGCACAGAUGUUUCAUAAAUGACGUCCAGAUGCUCAGCUGUAACUGUUGGGUUUAUUUUUCUUGAUGUAUGUGAACUGCCUGAGUUUCCUGUGGGUGGAGGGUGAUGUUCAAAAUGUUUUUUAUUUUGUGAUGUUUGUAUUUUAAGAUGUACACGUCUGCGACACAUCAAAUGGCCGAUCAAAUCACAGCGGUUUUAAUGACUAAAACUUACUUUCAGGAUAGACUAGAGUAAAUGGAUUGCCUUGAGCCAGCUGGCAAGUUGGUUAGCUGCAGUCAGUGCUGCUUUACCUCCGCUGCUCAAAUAUCACUCAGACUAUUAAAACUAGUGGACAAAAAAUGUCAAAUUAGUGAAAACGUCCUCUAGCUAGCCCACAUUAGCGACAAGACCCUUUGUAAUUUAGGGAUUUAUUGUUGUUAGCCAGCUAACACGCUAACACUAGCUCUUUAAAGAUAAAAAUAAAAACUAAAGAAUUGAGUAAAUUGCAUAGAGCAAAAUAGCUAAUAAUAUAAUGUUGGAACUUACAUGAGAAUCUGGACAGGAAUAUUAAAACCUGAGGGCAGGAAAUAAUUUGUCAAGUUAAUUUAUAACAGCUAAAGAUAACAGAAUUAGUUUUAGCUAGCUAAAUUAUUAAAGUAUAAACUAAAAAAAACAAACAUUUUUUUUUUUUUGUUAGGGAGAUUUUUAUUUAUCAAUAAGCUAACAAGCUAAUUCUGUUUAAUUUUAGCUUUGAAACUUGUCAGGAAAAUUCCAAAAUAAGCAGGAAAAGGGUUGGAUUUAUCAGACUAGUGAGGGGCUAGCUGAAGUUAACUGCAAAGGCUGUAGAGGUUUAGGGUUGGCUGGGUAAGAAUACCUGAUACUGUUAAAGUUAAUAAAAGAAAAUGAGCGGGAAAAUGGCUACAUUCUUUAGGCUAGCUCAGAGGAGCUAAAAUACCCAGAGGUUUAGCUAACAUUGAUUCAGAACUUGGUCAGAAAAAUAAACAUGGAGGAAAAGAUUAACCAGGUCUAAAAGUUUAGUUUUUGUUUGUUUGAUAUUUUUUUUUUGUUUUUUUUUUUGUUUGUUUUUUUUGUAAUGAUUACAUUCUCAAGCUAAUUGGUGUUAGCUUUUUGGUUUAGAGUAAAGUGUUCACGUCUUUCUGGGGACAUGAUCGUAACUGUUUACUGUCUGCUAUUAGUCAUUUUCUGCUGUUUGUUUUAAAUAUGUUAACCGUUGCCGGUGUUCAAUUCUUAGGAAAAAAAUGCAGCAUCAGCACCUUCUGUUAGUUGGUAUGAGUGAAUAUUGCAGCGCUGCAGCCGAGGUAUCGCAGUGUUUCCUGCAGCAGUGCGUCGACUUUGGGCUGCUACCGGCUGUGAAAUAAAAGUAUUAUGGGUAAAUUUCAAAUCGCCUGUGACGCCUUGUUGUGCCAUAAACGCACCAGAUCAACUGUCAGCAUAUGAAUGGGUCAUUUUUUUUUUUUUUAUAUAUUUUAUUUUUUUCUAUUUGAUGAGGGUUUUUUUUCUUUUUUCUUGUUUUGUUUUGUUUUUUCGUAGGGGUGGUGCCUCGCAUGCUCUCUGCCGCUUCAGCUAGCAACAAAUGAGGAGGUCAAAUGUGACUGGUCGAUAAUUGCUAAGUAAUGAAAACUGUUUUCGAGUCGGACACCUGCGCUCUCCUCUUAGUAAAAACUGAAUCAUGUGGUGUUUGAUGUCUCUUUUUUUUUUUUUUUUUUUUUUUUUUUUUUUAAAAGAUGCACUGGAUCAUCAUCUUCAUCUUCACCUUUUGCCAAAUGUAGUUUUUGUUGUGAAUAGGGGCAUUUUAUCCUGUUUUCCCUCUGUUGGGUUCUUUUUAUACUUUGUCCAUGACUCUUCCAUUGUGUUGAUGUUAAAAAAAAAAAAGAGGAAGAUGUUGGAACAAACGGUAAAUAGACACAAAAAGACCAACUCAAGGCAGCUACGUAUGAGUGACUACUGUAAAAUGACUAAUAAAGAAGCAAUGGGUUUGUUUUUCA